AAUAUUUCUGAGGCUAAAAAGGCCGAAGAAAGUCCUCCGCUCGUCCUCGCCCGCUCGCUUGCUCCUGCCUCGCUUCUUCUAUUCCUCUCUUCGCCGCCGGCCGGCCGGCGGCCGUCGCCGCCCUCCGUCCAGGCUUUUCUCUCUCUUAUCUUUGAGAUCAAGAUGAAUGCGUGAAUGUUUUCUACCAUUCUGGUGAAACCAACAGAUCUGCCCAAAAUAAUUAGCAGGAUUUCGUAAUGAAGAAGCAUCAUGAAAGCAGUGCAUCCAAUUUUCUUGAAGGUGUAUGGUGCUUUCUACGUAAGUGCCUCUUUUCUGUGCUCUCUUUUGGUCCCAUACCUAAACAUAUUGCAUUUAUCAUGGAUGGAAAUCGUAGAUAUGCCAAGAGCAGGAAUGUCAAACAGGGUACUGGCCACAGGGCUGGUUUCACAGCUCUCACCUCUGUUCUCCAAUACUGCUAUGAGAUGGGUGUAAAGUAUGUCACCGUGUAUGCUUUCAGUAUUGACAAUUUUAAACGACAACCUGAUGAGGUCCAUUCAUUGAUGGAUCUAAUGAAGGAGAAGAUUGAUGAAUUGCUAAUGAAAGAAAGCAUUGUGAACAAAUAUGGAGUUAAAAUUAAUUUCUGGGGAAACCUGAGUCUUUUGAGCGAACCGGUACGAUUAGCAGCUGAGAAGGCAAUGGCAAGCACUGCCAGGAACACAGGACCAGUGUUUUCAGUAUGUGUGGCCUACACCUCGACAAAUGAGAUUGUGCAUGCCAUUGAAGAAUCAUUUGUGGAAAAGAGGGACAGAAUACAAGAAAGGUACUGCAAUAGUUAUGCUGAUGAAUCAAUUUGGGCAGAUAGCAUGGAUGGUGCGAUUUCAGUCACUGAUUUGGAGCAGCACUUCUACACAGCUGAUUGUCCAGAUCCUGAUAUUGUGAUGAGGACAUCGGGAGAGACUCGGUUGAGUAAUUUCCUUCUAUGGCAAACUACUUAUAGCCACUUGCAGAAUCCAGUCCCUUUAUGGCCUGAGUUCUCAUUUAGGCACCUGGUUUGGGCUGUUUUAGAAUACCAGAGGGUCUACCCUUAUCUAGAACAUAGGAGAAGCUUAAGUAAAAAGAAACACUGAGACUUGACUCUGAUGUUUAGCUUCACAGGAAUUGUACUGUAUUUCAUUACAUCGAAGUGUGUUGUAAUGACAAUGAGCCUCUAUAUCAGUCAGAAGAAAUGAGGCCAAGGUUAUCUGUUUUAAAAUGCCAUGCUGUUGCAAUUUUGUGUUGGCAUGAUUGUUUGAGGAUGGCAUCCUUGAUAAAGAGGUUUGAAAUUUGGAAAAGGAAAAUUAUUAUAUUUUUUUGUACUAUAUUACGGUGGGGAUUUGGGUGAACCUGACAGAUUACAUGUGUCAUAUGGCGGUUCCAUUGUUUUCCAUGGUAAUAUGCCCAUCCAUUCAAACUGCUUUGCUGCUGCUGCUGUUGUCAGCUGCUCUUGUUUUCUCCAAGGCUAAAGUUAUUUAAGGUUACAGUCAUUUAAUACAGUCUCUUGGUUUUCACCAUUGAGCACGUUUGACAAGUGAACAUUGUUCUUUGCUAUAAUUUAGUGCCUGUACUAGUUAAUCAGCAUAUGUUAGUUCCUUCUGCAUUUAAGGUCUCAGACAACAUGCUGCAAUAGUUGCUGUACCUUGACUUACACGGGCAUCUGGUCAAAUGAGGCAAUGGCAUGGCUGAAAAGCCUGACCAACUAGAAGAGGAACGCCUCCCUUUCAAAAUGAACAUGUUCCUUUAAGUUUCCAUCUGAAAUUUGUGAUAUUGCUUUUCAAGAACAUGAUUGUACUAAUUCUUUUUGAGAAUAUCAUUAGUAUAACGACUAGUUUCUGGCCA